ACGAUGUAAAUUUAAUAUGCAUGAAACUUCCGAAUAAAUAAACUAUCCUUAUUAAUUUUGCAUGUAACCUAAUUGGAUUUAGUUUGGACGUAAUAAGUUGAUCUGAAUAUAUUUAUUAUUUAAUAUUAUUUAUCAAAACUUGUCAUGUAAUAACAUAUCAAUAACGAAGUGUAUAGAAAUAAUUUUAGCAUAUUUUAAUUAAUUUUCAUUUUAGAUGAUGCUGCAAAACAAUAAAGGACCACCCAACAAAAGGAGAAAAAAGUAAUUUUGUCACAACUACCUACACUAAACUUGCUAUAAGCUAUGAAAGAGCUAUCUUUGUAUCAGAGAUGUGAUUAGAACAGUGAGAGAUAUGAGACUGGGAGCAAUCAUUUCGACGCUGCUAGAAAAAUAACUAGCUGAAAGGGAGUUCCACACACAGUUUUAGGAAGCAUACCGCUUAUUUUCCUUUGUUUCUGCAUGUUUGGACCUUAUUUGAGGUAUUAUUUUCUCUCCUGAUUUUGUAUUCAGUUUUUAUUUGUUUGUUUUUAUCAAAUAUUUUAUCGCCUGUUUCGUUGAUGUGGUAAUAAUUUAUACUUAUUAGGAAACAAGAAAUUUUACCCUGAAUAUAACAUAGUCAGAUUCAACCCACAAACUCUCUAUUCUCCAUAAGAUAUAUAUGUAUCAUUAUAUAUUAAUGAAUGCAAUAUAAUGUUGUUGCACUUUCUCAUUUAUAAUUCAUAAAAUAAAUUUGAUAAAAUUUUGUCAUGCAGGCAAAGGUGAUGGAUGAUAUUAGGCAUAUAUUAUGCCAUAUAUUUUGAUGCCUCGUUGUUCAAAGCAUGUUUUAUUGAAGGUCAUGAGGGAUCAGGGAUAAAAGGAUAGCAUAGCAAUUAACGAAAUACAAAAAACUUUUUAUAGUAUGGCAUGAUACGGGUAUCAGCUUACUAAUAUCAAAAUCCACAUAGCAAGACAGGAGUGAAUUUUUGCAUGAAGAAAUUAUUGACUUGAAACCAACUUAUGAGCUUAGUAGAACAUAGGAUGAGGUUUUAAAAGCACAUAUUAUGCCUAUGGUUCACUUGGUAAGCAUGAUGGCCUAACUGUUAAAAGUAUUAGAGUCAGAUGUGUUGGUAUCGCGAUUCGUGAGCUAUCCGCAAUUCCGAACCGAUGAGCGAAUGUUCCAAAACCAAAAAAUAGAAUCUCCUUACAUAUUGUAAGAUAAGAUAUCCGUUGCCGAUUGUACAGGGCAACAGGAUGUUCCACCGAGCUAAAAAAUUUCCAACUUUUAUGGCAUUUUUUAGAAUUGUUGAGUAAUACAGAUCGACAUACGAUUUUGAAAAAUUGUAUGUCCUCUAGGCCCUAAUGUUCCGUUGCUAAUUUAUAUUAAUUUGAGUUUAACUGAAUUGAUGCCAAAUCUUUUUUAAAACAGGAACCUUUUAAUAAAUUAGGAAAAAAUAAUUGAAAUUUAGUUGGUUAAAAAAAGAAGCGAACAAUCGACAACUAAUUAUAUUAUUGUUUUACAAAAUCAUACAGACGAAUAUAUAACAUAGUAAAAGGUCAACAUGAGUGAGAUUCUAGAAGCAGGAAAACCACCAAGUAGUCAAGAAACAAAAGUCAAUGGAAAUCGGAGUUCAUCAUCAGUUAGUCCUGAAUCCAGUAUUUCAACUUCAAGGGGAAGUACUCCAAAUCCUGUGGUUUCGACAGCAGAACAUGGAAAAGUUUUGGAUUGGUGGCGAAGAGUAGCAAUGGAAUAUGCAAAAUCAGCAGCACUCAAGCAAGAUAACUGGAUGCAAGCAUUUCAUGACAUGGACAUGGAGGAGGUAAAGGAAGAUCUACUAGAAGAAUUUCAGCAACUAUUGACGGAAGAUUUGAAAAAUUUAAAGCAAGAUGAAGCAAGACGAUAUUUUGAUAGACUGCGGGAACAAUUGGAAGUAUUCGAAAACAACAAACUUUAUGAAAUAACUAAAGAAAUGAAAAUUGCUGAUAAAAAUAUAAGGUUUGAAUAUUUGAGUGGACAGUUUAUGGAAGACACAAGGAAGAGAAUAAAAGAAGCACUAAGUGAGAAAGAACAAACAAUAUUUGAUAAAGAAUGGAGACUAGAAUGUGAAGAUUAUGGAAAAGGCAGAGUAAUUGAUAUGGAUAAUCAACUUCGAAAUACAAUGAAUCAAACUUUACAAAAGACAACUAGAUUAUUCAAAAAUACAGUCACAGAAAUUACUGUCAACAAACAGACAAACAUGGAGAUUGCAGAAAACAAUAUUCAAUCAUAUGCAUUAGUGUUAUCAACAAAUUGUGAUGACAGAAAAUAUUAUUUACGAAAUACAGUUACGGAGUACUUAACACAGGAAAGACAAAGAAGGGACAACAUUUUACAAGAAAUGAUGGAAAAAGAACUGAGGACACUACAUCGAGAGUUGGCUCAGCUUAAAAAAAGUAUGGGAUAUAGCCCAGCAAGAAGGUGUUGUGCAAGUAUGUGUACUAUUUUGUGACCAACGACACAAUAAGAUAGUUUCAGGAUGCAGCCGAUCUUCGAAUAUGGUAGAAGAGGCCUUAUCACUACGCUAUCUUUACAAAGAGUUUGGUGGAAUAUUGGCAAUAUUGUCCUUGGGAAUGAUAAGACUUCUGAAACUGCCAUUAGACCUUUUGAUGACAAUGCAGUAAUUGAUUUAAAAGUGAAGAUUUUCGGAAAUACAAGAACAAUUAAUGGAAUGCUAUUGUAUAUCUCCAAAUUUCACUUCUGCUAGUCAGUUGAACUCAAUCUUUAAAAAUUGAGGCACAGUUCAUCGAAAACAUUUAUCAUUUUUUUCAUGAAAUUUUAUCAUUUAUAAUAAUCUAUGAGAAAAUUUGCAUAUCACAAGGGAUCAAUUGAAAAUGUUCAUAAAGCUACAAUAUUUGAUCUGGACUCUCCAAUUUAUAUUUGCUUAACAAAGUUACUACUUUCUUUAUCGAAAAUUUAUGGAUCACUUCCUUAUUACAUUUCUUUGAAGGUAAUGAAAGCAUUUUCUGUUAUGUAAAAGUAUGGCAAUUUGUAAAUAGAAGAGUACAAGUUAUAAAUUUCCAUACAUUAACUAGGUGUUCACAACCAGAUAAUUUAGUGUUUUUAAACAUUCUGGGAUGAAACUUUUCUAAUGCAGAACAAGAGAGCAAUGCUCAAAUAUAUGGGCACAAAAGCCAAAACGAAGUGGUACAGACAUCUAAACUCAAAGAUUGCAAACAUGAGACUGCCAUAAGGAGCUCAAUUUUUUGUUUCGAUGACGUCACCAAACACAUAAAACGAAAUAUAGAAUAAAAAUAAUAGCCUUCUAGCGACAACAACAAUUUUCAACCCAAGAAAAUGUCAAAGCAAUUUGUUGUUCAUUACAAAAUUGCUCUCAAAAUUGAAAUGCAAAUGCAAUUGCAAUUGAGAUGCAAUUGAGAAUAAAUACGAUACUUCAAUUUGGACUUUAUCGUGUAACAAACAAUAAAAUGAACACAUGCUAGAAAUUCAAAUCCAACAUAGCAGAAGUUCAGAAUCACCACACAGUUAAAAUUAAAACAAAAACGGCAAACGAUAUACAACAUGUAUCGUGCAAUGAAUGUGAAAAUAAUGACAUGCCGUGAAAAGCAAACUCACAC